AUGGUCGAUCUGAAGACCUACAACUUGAUGCAUCCCCCCGAAGCUAAUACCUCUGCGCACGAAGAAUUCCCCAAUGAGGCGAUAAACGACGUCGCACCACCAGACGGGUCGUUCGUACUUUUUCUAACUCCGAGGAUCGAGGCCUUGGGCUUUCACAACAAAAAAUUGGUCGAAGUAUAUGUGAGAUACAUAAGUAGCAUACGUUGGAGUAAUGACACAUACAGGUACAAGUUAGUACUCGAUGAGGGAAAGAAAGAGUUGAUCAAGGCUCUCAUUAUAGGCCAUUUGGAGAGAAGCUCCAGCACAAAAUCUGAUUUCCUAGCAGGCAAAGGAGACGGUCUCCUUAUACUGCUUCAUGGAGGUCCAGGCACCGGGAAGAAAACUCUCACAGCAGAGAGUGUCGCUGAGCUUGCAGAGCGACCUCUGCACAGACUCACGUGUGGCGACAUCGGCACUGAUCCCGAGACGAUCGAGAAAUAUCUAAACGCGAGCGAUCGAAACUUGAUCUUCAACGCGACUCAAUCGUCUCUUGUGUUCCUCCGCACACUGGAAUACUACGACGGCAUUUUCAUCCUGACCUCCAAUCGCAUUGGCACGGUUGAUGAGGCAGUCAAAUCGCGCGUGCAGUUGACAAUCCAGUAUGCGACGCUGGUAGAUAAAAGUAGAUUGGAAACAUGGAAACCCUUCUUGACGUUACUCAAAGAAGGAGGUGAGGAUGUUGAUCACGACGGAAUACAAAAGAAGCUGAACUUCCUCAAACGGCAGGAACUGAAUGGUCGACAGAUCAGGAAUUCCCUAAAUGCCGCACGGCAAUUGGCGCAUUUCAAAAAAGGGAGCCUGGGGUUCAGACAUAUCGAAAAAGCUAUCCAAAACAUCCUGGAGUUCGAAACAUAUGUCACCAAUCUGCAGGAUGGGAAGCGGCUGGCAUUCGGCAUAGUAGAUCACAGGCCUUGA